CUGCCGAUUCUGCGUUAUCCGCCGCACGUGGGCCUUCCAGCGCUGGAAACAACGCAUCCGUUCCACUUCCGGCUGAACCCCGCCAUCAUGCUGGGCCCGCAGUGCAACCACGACUUGGCGGUCCUGCUGCGGUUCUGCGAGCUCCCCGCGAACGACGCCGACCUCCCGUGUGAAAGCCGCGUUGCCCAGGUGAAAGCAGCGAUGGCCGAAGCAAUGGGGGACCACGAGUAUUACGCCUCGGCGUACUCGGCGAAGUCGCAGCCGCACGCAGACGGCCUGAAAAUGACGUUGGCCGCGUCGCUCGAGAGGAAAGAACGUGCGGCACAGCUGGCAGCUGCGAAGGACAUGGUCGAUGACCAGGAGAAGGCACGCAAUUUGUUGCACACGCUGGUGGCCGCGACCAACAACCGGAUGCACAAAGGGUUCCCCGAGAUGAUCAGUUACCUUUUAGGCGAGCCCAUCGCGCACAGCAGCCAUGCGUUUGUCCCGGUCUUUUUCGGGAAGUUCCUCGUGAUCGUUCGUGCCACGAUGUCCCAGGCAGCUCGCGGUGAACCUCUCCAGACAGACCACAGCCAACCGCGACCGUAUACUACGAAGUUGACCCCAGCAAAUCUCCACAUCGGCGAGUUGGACUACGUGCACAGGCCGCAAGAGCUGGAACACUUUCCCCUCUACUUCUUCUUCGCGAGCUGCGACGCCAAGAUGCCCGUUGGCAAGAAGCCCCCGCCAGAAUCUCUCCGGUGGCUCAGGGGCGGUGGCCGCCGGCAGUACACGGCCGCGCCAGUGACCAGCGCUACUUACGACAGAGUGCCGCUCCGAGGAGCUCCGACGGACGCAGAGCCCAACGGGGAAGUACUUUACAAGUACGCUGCCAAAGCUGCCGCGAACGACCCGGACACUCUCCUGGAGUCCGACGACAACAGCGACGACGAUAUCCACCCGCCCGACAUUCCCUUGGACGACGAAGACAAGGAUCACCCCGCGCCAACCCCAAGACACCGAGCACCCGACCCGGCAAGCCUCCUCUGCGGCAUCUUCCCCGAGGGCGUGGAGAUGGAUGACGUGAUUGCUCCGGCAGCAUGGCAGAGAAGCACCGCAGCAGAAGCGAAAUACAUCGCUGAGUUCAUGCGGGAGAAUUCCGCCCGGCUGCGGGCUGCGAGCGGCGCCGCAUCUCUGACGGCUGCGGACCGGCAAGCGGACUUCUUCAAGAUAAUUGACACCUGGAAGGCCGAGACGACUACGAGGCCGCAGAAGUCCACUCAGGAGACGCCGGAUGGCCUGCAGUGUCGGCUCCAGAAAGCCAUGGCAGACGGCCGCAGCUCGGCGUUCCCGCCUGUACCUCCGCGUGCGCGAACUGCAGUGCUCGACGCAUGCGUCCACCUCUUGCGGGCGGGCGUACUGAACGUGGUCGACAUGCCCGAGAUCAAC